AUGCAUCGUGUCCCUGUGAUCAUUGGUCUCCUUCUCUUCCUCCUCUUUCAACGUCUGACCUCAGCUGACCUGGAGGAGACAGAGCUCAUGGACGUGGAGGUUGUGGUCAGCAGGACACCCUGUAGCGCCACCUGUGGGGUGGGGCUUCAAACUGAGACGCUGUGUUUCCUCAGAGGUGGAGAGAAAGUCCUGGAAGAAGCACCAGGAGGUCAAAGUGACCUUGAGGUGUCAGACAAGUGUCGGGUCCGUAAGGUAAAUUGUCUACAGAUGUGGUGGUGUGGACUCAAGACCUUCACUGUGACUGUAGGAGACAGAGUGGAGCUCAACUGUCUGCAAGAGGUCUUGGAAGACAAGGGGAGGUUCUCCUGGAGGGUGAUUUGGCGUUUUGCUAAAGGGCUCAUCACUCCUGAGGACGCUCUGUUUGCUCGUCUCAAGGCUCCUAUGAUGGACCGGGUGAUUCUAGAUCCAGUCACAGAGAGUGAUGCAGGUACUUAUCGCUGCACUGUGCUGGACUCCGCCUUCCGCAGGGUGAAGAGGAUCGAGUGGGGGAUCCGGGUUCUGCCUGUUGGGUUUAUGGAUCUGCAGUACCACAGCUCUCAGGAAGACUGGGACCAGCAUAACCAGACUGUGACCUCAACCCAGCAAAACAAGGAGAGAACUGCACUUAAAGUGCUGGAUUACUUAGAAGGUCAAUCGAGACGACAUAACAUUGUCAUCGAAGGCAUCCCUGAAUCACCUGGUGAGUCCUGGAUGGAUUCAGAGGAAAAAGUAACAGACAUUUUUAAGCAGAACCUGCAGCUACAAAGGGAGAUGGAGGUGGAGCGUGCACAUCGAACAGGUGGUGAUGAGCUUCGUCAUCGGUGGAACGACAUUUGGACUCAUCGUCCUGCUCCUGGUCAGGACGAACAGACGACUGCUGAAAUGGAAGAGAUGGUCAAGAUGAUCCUGAAUGUUCCAGCUGGAGGACUGAAGAAAUGUGAAGCUAAAGGUUCCACUAAAGUCAGCGACUCGUUUCUUGAUUUGUGUUCUCCAUCGUGUCAAAAUGUCGAAAAGUCAAUUUGA